AUGGCAUUUUAUCCCCUGCAAAUUUCUGGGCUGGUUCUUGGGUUCCUUGGCAUGGUUGGGACUCUUGCCACCACGCUUCUGCCUCAGUGGAGAGUAUCAGCUUUUAUUGGCAGCAACAUUAUUGUCUUCGAAAGGCUCUGGGAAGGUCUCUGGAUGAACUGCAUCCGACAAGCCCAGGUGAGGUUGCAGUGCAAGUUCUACAAUUCCUUGUUGGCUCUCCCACCUGCCCUGGAAGCAGCCCGGGCACUCAUGUGUGUGGCAGUUGCUCUCUCCUUGAUUGCUCUACUUAUUGGCAUCUGUGGCAUGAAGCAGAUCCAGUGCACGAGCUCUGAUGAGAGGGUUAAAGCAUACCUUCUGGGGACUUCGGGAGUCCUCUUUAUCGUGACAGGCAUCUUUGUUCUGAUUCCGGUGUGCUGGACAGCCAACAUCAUCAUCAGGGAUUUCUACAACCCAGCCGUCCACAUUGGUCAGAAACGAGAGCUGGGAGCUGCACUUUUCCUCGGCUGGGCGAGCACUGCUGUCCUCUUCAUUGGAGGGGGUCUCCUCUGUGGGUUCUGCUGCUGCAACAGAAAGAAGCAAGAGCACAGAUAUCCAGCCCCUAGAUAUUGUGUGCCACACACGGAUGAGAGAAGGAACAGGACAGUACUUGGUAAGACUUCCACCACUUAUGUCUAA